UUUAUACGAUUUAUGUGUGAAUGUAUAACUUAAAAACUUUUAAUAAUAAAAGAGCAAACAUCGAAAUAGUAACAAUAAUAAAACAAAAAAUUACAAUAAUAAUAAUAACAUCCAUAAUGAUGACAACUACUAUUAAAGUUUCACAUUUCAAACAUCAGAAACUUACUACGCUGAUAUAAACGAGACCGAAAUUAUGAACAUAUACGUAAAUAUGACACAAAACCACAAAACCGUUUAAUUAAUCUUUCACUAAACCUAAUUGAAGAAAUUUUAAUAAUGGCAUACAUUACCUAAUUAUAAUAUUGUCUGUCUGGGAAUUACCAUAGAAGUGCAUUGGCGCAUGCGCGUGCAAAGAACAUUAAGUAAACACAGCCAACGUACGCAUAUUAACAAGCGUAUUGGCUAACCGCCAUGUUGGACAGUGUAACGUAUUAAAUACAAAUUAAAUUUGAUUGUCGAACUGCUCUUUUAAAAUAUCGGAUUACAUUUUUUCAAAGUUGAAACGAUUUUGAGUCAUUAAUAAUGAACUAUUGAUUGAUUUGGCGAACUACAAAACGUCUUUUUGCUAGACUUUUGCUGGUUCAAAAGUUGGAUUAGUCCAUUCUUGUUGAAGGGGUGUGCAGGAUGAGCAAGUUGUCUUUCCGUGCGCGGGCGCUUGACGCCAACAAGGCGAUGCCGGUUUUUGUUGGGGACGAAAUUCCGGCAGAACUUGACUUUGUGGCCGUCAAUCGUGCCGUCAUGGAAAUGCCGACUGGUAUGGAGAAAGACGAAGAAUCGGAACACCAUUUGCAAAGAGCAUUAUGUGCUCAACAAGCUUAUGGAACUGCAGAAAUGUUGGCCAUCCCUGUGCCUGGGAUGGAAGACGUUGGAGAGAGAUUCAUCAGACUAUAUGGGUCGAACAAGUCAUUCAAAGUCCCAAAACAGUUUAUACAUGUUCAACCUGCCCUUGGGUUCGACAUGGAGGUCCCUGAUUAUGACAUGGAUUCUGAGGAUGAAGUUUGGCUAAACAAACAAGUAAAACAACUCAAGAUGGAUGUGCCUCCAAUCAAAUUUGAAAACAUGAUCGAUCGGCUAGAGAAAGGAAGUGGGCAAACGAUAGUAAACCUUCAUGAAGCAAAAGCUUUAUUGAAAGAAGAUGAUGAUCUGAUCAUGGCUGUCUACGACUACUGGCUCAACAAACGUUUGAAAAUGAAGGUGGCUUCAUUGAUACCUCAAGUGAAAACAGAAAGGAGGGAUGGUCUGGCAACAAACAAUCCCUACGUUGCAUUCAGGAGAAGGACUGAAAAGAUGCAGACUAGGAAGAAUAGGAAGAAUGAUGAAGUUUCUUAUGAAAAGAUGCUCAAACUGAAGAAGGAUCUCAAGAAAGCAUUAUUGCUUUUAGAAGUUCUGAAGAGGAGAGAGAAAACUAAAAAAGAAUUUUUAAAGUUGACUGUUGAAGUUAUUGAUAAGAGGUUGGUUAGUUUUAUUUCCAUAUUGCUCUGUUCUGUUUCAUUCUAUUUAAAAUUUGAAAUGUUAGUUUUUUUUCUGUUAAGAUAUUCUCUUUUUUUAUUACUUUUCAUUAAAUAA